GUUUGGACCGUACUACGUAGAGCCAGUCAUAGCCGGACUAGACCCUGUUACGUACAAGCCUUUUAUCUGCUCCUUGGAUUUGAUUGGCUGCCCAAUGACAACAGCUGACUUUGUGGUCAGUGGGACCUGUGCAGAGCAGAUGUAUGGCAUGUGUGAAUCUCUCUGGGAGCCAGAUAUGGAGCCAGACCACCUCUUUGAAACCAUAGGCCAGGCCAUGCUCAACGCGGUUGACAGAGACGCGGUGUCGGGGAUGGGCGUGACUGUGCAUGUCAUUGAGAAAGACAAGAUAACGACCCGAACACUGAAAGCUCGCAUGGACUAACUGAAGACGUGGUUUUGGAGGGAUGCUCAACUUUUUUUUUUUUAAUAAUCUUGAUGGCUGGAAUGCAGCUCUUGGAUUUAAAAACACACACACACACACACACACCCAUACCUUUGCUGUCAAAGAAAGUGGCGGUUUAUAAUGUGGUAUUAUUGACCAAUAAAAAGAAUUCUGUUUUUUCAACUGUAA